GGCCACUGCGCAGACUCCAUUUCCAAGCGUGCUGGCGGGCUUGCCGAGGAACGUCGCCGAAGCCUCCAGAUGCGCAAAAUAGAGGACACUAAGCUCGCUGCACGUAACUGGAACUCCCGUGGAGUCGAGGAAAGAGCCAAGUACGCCGAGAUCCAAAAUGACACCUGUCUUUUGUCUCCCGACACCAUCUUUGGUCCUUAUUUCGUUGAUGGGGAACUGUAUCGCCGUGACGUACGAGAGGGUCAGGGGGGUAUCGAUAUGUACUUGGACAUCGGUCUGAUCAAUGCAGAUACUUGUGAACCGAUCUCCGGAGCUUACAUUGAUUUUUGGCACUGUAAUGCUUCCGGUAUCUACAGCGGUUAUACCGGAAUCGAUCCUGACACCGUGGAGGCAUAUGAGGGUGUAACCGUUCGAAGUGAUGGAACUACCGAUGACAAGACGUUCCUCCGGGGUUUCACUGCCACUGACGAGAACGGAAUUGCAGAAUUCCUUUCCACUUUCCCAGGUUAUUAUGCGAGUCGCACCACUCACAUCCAUAUUGCUGUACACGUUAAUGGCUCCGUAUCUGAGGAUGGCACGAAUACUCUGGCUACGUCAAGUAUCCAGCACGUCGGACAACUUUUCUUCAACGAGUCUCUCAUUAACCAAGUAUAUGCUAUAGAGCCCUACACCGCUCACUUGAGCACUUUGGAUAGGGUCACCAAUGAUGCUGAUAGUAUCUACUCCGUCGCUAACGCUGAUGGUUACAGCGCCGUGAUCUCUGCUCAACUCCUCGGCUCCACCCUGGCCGAUGGUAUUGUCUGCUACAUCACCGUCGGUGUCAACGUUUCCGAGAUUUUCAACACCAGUGACUCCAACCCUAUCGGUGUUAUCCCAACCGUUUCUCUAAGUGCUGGUGCCGAAGCUUCUGCAAGCGCUCUAGAUGCUUCCGAGUCGUUGACGGUGUAGGAUCAUAUGGUUCCUUCAAGACGGCCUAGAAUGAGCCUUUGAGGUUUUAAAUAGUAGUAUGAAAUCACUUAAAGAUGCAGUAGUAAUCAUCCCAUUCAUUUACGUAGCCGCAGAGUAU